GAGAGGACAAAGAUCUGGGAAAUGGGAUAUGUCCCACUCUCGGCCACCGAUCAGAGGGUCAAGCUACAGUGCUCGUCUUUAGGGCAGGGUUUUAGCUCCCGCUUCCCAGCAGAGAACCCGGCUUGCGCUUGGAUCCCUAGCUGCUCUCCUCUUCCUCUCUCCCCCAUCUAUCUCCCAGAUGAAGCUCGUCAGGUUUUUGAUGAAGCUGAACAACGAGACCGUCUCGAUCGAGCUCAAGAACGGUACCAUCGUUCAUGGCACCAUCACAGGAGUGGAUAUUAGUAUGAAUACACAUCUGAAGACAGUGAAGCUUACAUUGAAAGGAAAAAAUCCAGUUACCCUUGAUCACCUAAGCGUCAGAGGUAACAACAUUCGUUACUAUAUCCUCCCUGACAGCUUAAACCUGGAGACUCUACUGGUUGAGGAAACACCUAGGGUCAAGCCUAAAAAGCCAACUGCCGGGAGACCUUUGGGACGUGGUCGUGGCCGUGGGCGUGGACGAGGUCGUGGCCGUGGGCGUUAGCACUGUCACCCGUUUAUUAAUUUUUGCAGCAUCUGCUUCUGUACAAGUAGCCUGCAUACAAGGAGAAUAUUUGAUUACUUUCCAAGCAUUAGGCAAGCAGGAUUGUUUGUUUACCAAAAAUUAUCUUUGCAAGAUUUCAUGUCGUCGGCAUAUCUUUCGCUAUCACCUUGUUUUAAGUAGAAAAGGUUUUCAUGUGGUCAAAAAAAUGGUAGUAUACAUUGGGACACAUUUAAGUAAGGUCUUACCGCUGCUAUCCUUUUCUCUGUAUGUUGUGCUAUGUGAAUACGGAAUCAGUGGGCGAAUAAGAGUAGAUAUUUUAUCUUCAGAUGCUUACGGAUGUACUUACUCUAGAUUGAUCUGGUAAUUCCGGUUUAUCAAAAUAAAGUAGACAAUAAAGGAUGAACUUCUA